CAGAAGCCAUUUUGGACUCAGUUCAGUUUGUCCGCAUGUCAGUCCGGGACCGUGUCCGUCAGCACGGGGCAGAAACAGACCGAGUGACCGAGCGGAGAGGGUUCGGAGCGCGUCGCUUCUCUCUGUUUCUCUUCUCCUCGCUGUAGAAUCGCGUUGUGUUGUUCCGGGACGCUGCUUUUUUGUUUAUCCGGAUGUGCGCGCGUGCGCUCCUUAUGGAUGUGUCCGUCUUGUGAAGUUCACCGCGAGCUCGUGCGCUGCUGUUACAUUGGGCUCGCGCACUUCCGAACUGUGCACGCUGUGCAGGCAGGCAGGCCGCCCGCGCGCCCGCAUGUGUGUGUUUCCCCCCUCGUGUCCGUGUUUAAAUGUUCCGAACGGAGCGGAGAUUAAAAAGGGCAAAAUCCGCUGCGCUGCUUUUUCAAUAAGAGGAAUAUGAUCGCUUCCUGGCUGACUUUUGCACUUCUUUUGGGAACUUUUGGUGCAGUACCCAGCCAUGGAGAGGUGGAGACACAGGAGUGUUUGUACUACAACAUCAACUGGGAGAUUGAGAAGACCAACCAGAGUGGCGUGGAGCGUUGCGAAGGCGAGAAGGACAAACGCUCUCACUGCUACGCUUCAUGGCGCAACAACUCGGGAACCAUCGAGCUGGUGAAGAAGGGCUGCUGGUUGGAUGACUUUAACUGCUAUGACAGGCAAGAGUGUGUGGCCACAGAGGAGAACCCACAGGUGUUCUUCUGCUGCUGUGAGGGCAGCUUCUGCAACGAGAGGUUCACACACCUCCCCGAUGUGAGCGGACCAGUGAUCGAGCCCCCUCCUGCUGCACUCUCUCUGCUGAAUGUAUUGGUGUACUCCCUGCUACCAAUCACCAUGCUCUCCAUGGCUCUUCUGCUGGCCUUCUGGAUGUACCGCCAUCGCAAGCCUCCCUACGGCCACGUCGACGUCAAUGAGGACCCAGGUCCAGCCCCUCCGUCUCCUCUGAUAGGGCUGAAACCCCUGCAGUUGUUGGAGAUUAAGGCUAGAGGGCGCUUUGGCUGUGUGUGGAAAGCCCAGAUGAUGAAUGAAUACGUAGCUGUGAAGAUCUUCCCCAUUCAGGAUAAGCAGUCGUGGCAGAACGAGCGAGACCUGUUCACCACGCCGGGGAUGAAGCACGAGAACUUGCUGCGUUACAUUGCUGCUGAGAAGCGCGGGACCAGCCUGGAAAUGGAACUCUGGCUCAUUACCGAGUUCCAUGAAAAGGGUUCUCUGACUGAUUAUCUGAAGGGCAGUGUUGUAAGCUGGAAUGAGUUAUGUCACAUUGCUGAAACAAUGGCUUGUGGCCUGGCCUACCUUCACGAAGACGUACCACGGUACAAAGGAGAAGGCCCCAAACCUGCUGUUGCUCACAGGGACUUUAAGAGUAAAAACGUGAUGCUGAAGAACGAUCUGACUGCUGUCAUCGGUGACUUUGGGCUGGCGGUGAAGUUCGAGCCUGGAAAAGCUCCAGGAGACACUCAUGGCCAGGUUGGCACACGGAGGUACAUGGCGCCCGAGGUGCUGGAGGGAGCCAUUAACUUCCAGAGGGAUGCAUUUCUGAGGAUAGACAUGUACGCCAUGGGACUCGUGCUCUGGGAACUGGUGUCCCGCUGCACAGCCGCUGAUGGUCCAGUGGAUGAGUACAUGCUGCCCUUUGAGGAGGAGAUUGGACAGCACCCGUCCCUGGAGGACCUUCAGGAUGUCGUAGUCCACAAAAAGAUGAGGCCCGUGUUGAAGGAGUGCUGGCUUAAACAUCCUGGUCUGGAGCAGUUGUGUGAGACGAUAGAGGAAUGCUGGGACCAUGACGCUGAGGCUCGUCUCUCAGCGGGCUGCGUAGAGGAACGCCUCUCUCAGAUCCGGCGUAUCAGCAGCGGCCCUGCCUCCGACUGCCUCGUCUCCGUGCUCACGUCUGUCACCAACGUGGACUUGGCGCCCAAAGAGUCCAGUAUCUGAGAACGAUGGGGGAGGGGGGGCACUCUUAAAAACGAAACCCGAAGCGAAAGAAACAACCUUCGUCUUUCCAGACUCAGCGGAUCUCAGACAACAAUGAAUGCAGCUGCUAUUUUAUCCUAACAUUUUUUUAAUUAAUUUUAUUAUUAUUAAUAUUAUUACUAUUAUUAUUAUUAUUAUUAUUACUAUUAUUAUUAUUAUUAUUAUGAUCAGAUCAAUACUACCAGCACACUUCGCUACUGUAUUUUUAUCAAGAGAGGAAAACAGAAGUUAAAAAUAAAAAAAAAAGAAGAAAAAAAUAACAACACCAUAAGGACAUCUCAAAAUGCAUUCAGGUGCCGACUUAUGAAUGCUGACAAGAUGCAGGUACCUCAGCCAUUUCAUUUCAGUGGGUUUUUUGUUUUGUUUGUUUAUUUUGUUUUUUUUUCCUUUAUAUUCCUGUUUUUCUGUCUUCUGGACAGGAUUGCCUAGGGCAAAACCAACCAACACAUCAAGCAACCGUUCACCAUGUUGGAAAAUACAAUGCUGCAAAACCUACGAGGAACAUUUUAUGACUGUUACAUUAACCUUCCUCAAGGGAUUUUUAUUUUCGAUUUUUUUAAGAACUUUUCCUCUCUCUGACUGUGUGCUAUUCAAAUUUACGGAAAACGUGUCUUUUACGGAACUAACGGGUGUCUCUAGAACACAACAAAAUGUGGAAGACAACUGGAUUGUUUUUUUUUCUUUCUUUCUUUCUUCAUUUGGUUUUGUGCUGUUGAAGCUGGCGACUGUGAAGAGGGGGUCGGUUCAGAAUUUUAUCGUGUGGGAAAAGAGAAUUUAGGUCGGAGAAAUUGGCUUUGCAUUUAGAGGUGGAGAAUGAGAAAAGGAUCUGGAUAAUGUGUUUUGUUUGGUACAGAAUUAUUUCUCAGGUAACCAGUUU